AUGGUCUUCCGGCUUCAUAAUCCAGAGAACACGAAACCCCCCCUUUUCUUCACAUGCGAACCUGCACGGCUGCCACAGCUGCCUCCUAAGGAAGCAUCUGCUCUUGGAAACGUGAAGGAAAGCACGUGGCCUGCAUCAAGGCUUGUUGAGGGGGUGAUCACACCUACACCUCCAGGGAAGUGUGUCCCCCACACCUGCCUAUGUUUGUGUUCAGGGACCAAGACGAUUGCUCUCAGCAUUGAGAUUAGUGCGAGCAACUCUGUUUCCAAUGAAAAUACGAGCAAUGCAGGUGAGGAUGAGAAACAGGAGGUUCCGGGCAGCACAAGUGGUGCUGGGAGUACAGGGCCCUGGGCAGCCCGCCCCCUCCCGGGUCAUUGGCAGGGAGGCGUUAACAUGAAGACAGUUGGGAGCUUCAAGUAUCUGCCAAUGGGCUGCAUAAGGACUUUGAUUGUAUCUACAUUUCCUUCUGGAAGUGAGGCUAUUGAUAAACAUGCUUUGCUCUCGGCUUCUUUCCUGAUGGUGUUACUUCCCUCUAAUGACCAUAAACACCACCUCAGCCCCAAGAUCCCUGGGAAUGAUCAUCUUUCAAACCUGUGGCCCUUACCUCCGAAGGGUCUCAAGACUAAUGUUCUACUAGACGACAGUAAAUGCCAGCUCCUCACAGGUCCUGGAAGCCUUGCCUCUAAAGUCCUUAGAGACUUAGGCUCUCCCUAACCCCCACUAAUGAAUUAUAAAUAUAAA